AAUGACGUCAUCGAAAUAGACCAACAUGCCAACUGAUGCCAACAUCUCGGCCGAUCCCUAGUUCCCUAGGUUCACGCUGACCUGCGUACUCAGAUUGGGUUAUUCUAGCCUUUGCUGAAGAGUUUAUGCCAGAGAUGCAGUAUAAUUAGUGAAGAAGUGCAGGUUACUAGUGAAUGAGGAAGCGCGCAAGCUAAGCGCGUCAAACCUGUACUCAAUGCGUCUUUAACGAAAAGCUAGUUUGAGCCUUGCUUGUAGUCAUGGAAGGCAACACACAAAAAGACUGGCAUGGUCCCAUUACGUUGGGGUCGCUGCCAAUGGAGAUAAUUGAAAGUGUCUUAAGUUAUUUAUCGUACGAUGAAAUCAGCAGCAAGCGUGUGGUGUGCCGCAAAUUUGACCUGUGCUGCAAAAACCUGCUGAACCAGGGCUUUCUGAAGGUGGAGCGCUUUCACGCCAAAUGCCUGAAGCAGGUGAAGAAACAGCUCCCGAGGCGAGAGUCUGAGCGUCGGUCCCACCCACUGUCCCGGCACUGCGAGAUCCUGACCAGCAUUGAAACCCGGCUGUCUCUCCUGGGGAUGACCUUCACCAAGUACAUGGACAUGAGCCUCUGUUGCUUCAUUCCCGGCAAGGUGAUAGACGAGAUCUACCGGGUCCUGCGGCUGCUGCAGAAAGAGAAGACUCCGCCGCGCACGCACGAGAUACUUCAGGAGUUGCGAGACAUUUCGUCCAUGGCCAUGGAGCACUUUGAUGAACGCAUUGCGCCGGGCCUCAAGUUGCACAUACUGCCGCCGAGGCCCUUCUUGGCGGCGGGUCUCGUCUGUGGCGGCUCACCCGGUACAUCCUUCCCACCACCGUACGUGCCACCUCGGCCUUACCAGAACCGGUGCAGUGCGGUCAGCUGCAGUCACGGUGGCCUGCUGGUGGAGGUGAACCAGCUGAAGGCGACGUGUGCGGCGCUGCUCAGAUGCAACGCGGAUUCGAAACUGAAGCUAUCGGCCCAGUGGAGGAAACUGCGCGACCAAGCAAAGAGCCUGCAGGAGCAGGAGAGGAGCAUAAGGGAACAGACGCGUGUCCUCUCCGAACAGGCCACGAGGUUGGCGGAGCAGGAGGGAAAGUUGGGAGAGAUGAACCGGAAGCUCCUGGAGCAACACAAGCAGUUCAUCGAGGUGGUCUCCGAACUUCAGAGUGGUAUGACCCUCGAGGCGGACAGCAGAGCAGGCAGGAAACGGUCAGCCACGGUGGCACUCUUGGGUGAAGAAGAGUCCCCGUCUCGCCGGAAGACCCGAAGCAUGCAACCGGUCACGACCAGGACGUCUCCAAGGAAGGCCCCUGCCAAGAGAACAGCUGCGGUGAAGGUCACGAGGCAGCGAAAACCUUAGUGUAGCCAUUAAAGCGCAACGGAUAAAUGUAACAGAUGCCCCUUCAAACGACUAGGAAGUCGGACACAGAGUCUGUAGCCGACAAGAGCCACAGGCAGGAGGAGAGCCCAGAGGCCACACUUUGUACGGCGACAGAGGACACGAUCACACAUUCUUUUAUCCGUGUCCUUUAUUCGCAGUUGCAUUAUUGUUACAUGUUUGACGGCAUUUUCUCUGAAUGCUGCGUAUUUGGUACGGAUGAGCGAUUGUAAGGCUCUUCUGGAAGUGAAGCGAUUCAACCAUUUUGUUUUCGAGAAGAUGGAAAUCUCGCGCUUAAGUUGCUCGUUUUGUUCGGAGGCCACGGCAAACUCCUGGUCUAGGCAUAAUCAGGUGCAACGAUUACCUUGCGGUAGUCGUACUACUGUGCAGAAUUCGCUAGUUUUUCUAGUAGUAGUAAAAUUUUCUUUGCGCAAAGAAUAUUUUAAACAGGCUCUUUGCUGUUGUGAAUAGGCAGAAUUUGGGAGAGUAACAUAUGAGGAGUUACUACUUGUGACUCACUGCGAUUUUUCGCAAGGUUAAAACAAUUGUGUUUCUGACUUCCUGGAAUGUUGCUAUAACUGCAUCCCCGCUUCUUCCAAGAGGGGCGAAGGAAAGUCUUGGUAACUCCUAAAUGUAUGUCGCUCGUGAUAUCAAUGUAAAUAUCUAAUCUUGAGAAUAAAUUUAUUUUCUACGA